AGUGGAAGAGAGGGAAUGUUAGUUCAGAGGCCAAAGCUGAGGCAGCGUGGAUUUUUGCAGUCCGUCAUACUUAUAGCCUGUAGCCAACUUUAAGCUGCUUUACUUUAGUGAGCUGUUGACAAGACGGGAAAGAAAAUCAUGUUGAGAGCAGCAGUUUUUUUGUGCCUUCUGCUAAACACAGAUCUGGAGGUAUUUGGGACUGUAGGUAAGACCAGUGGAUCUAUUACGGAAAAGGUGGAAAGAUCAGACAUUUCAGCUGGACCUACUGACAUAACUCAUGUCAGUGACUCUGGAUCAUCUGCUUUCAGAGGGAACUUACUGGUCAUUCCCAUGGAUGGGAGCCACUGGGUCGGAAUAAAGGCCAUUGCCCAAGAAAUGGGUCGGCGUGGACACCAGGUCACUGUCGUGAUCCCAGAGAUCAGCAUUCGGAUGGGCCCGGGGAAACACUACAACACUGUGACUUUUCCCGUUCCUUAUGAUAAGGCUUUUGUCGAUGCCUUAAUGGCCGCAUACAGUGAUGCACUGCGUAAAUCUACACAGCCUUUCAUGGGCAAGUUAAAGAAACAUUUUUCUCAAAUUCAAACCAUGAUGAACUUUAUCCAUACCACUGCCGAGAGUCUACUAUUCAACGCCAGUCUCAUAUCGUACCUGUCACAGCAGAACUUUGAUGCUGUCUUGACAGACCCCAUGGUUCCCACAGGCUCGUUAAUAGCUCGUAAAUUAGGUCUUCCCUCCAUUAAUUUACUGAGAGGGAUUCCGUGCUCUUUGGAAUUGAAGUCUGCAGGCUGCCCGUCUCCACCCUCAUAUGUGCCUCGCUUCUUUUCAGGAUAUAUGGAUCGAAUGACCUUCACACAGAGAACUGUCAAUACUUUGAUUGCUUUAUUGGAGCCAUUGUUAUGCCGCCUGCUGUAUUGGCACUUUGACCGAAUAGCCUAUGACUUCCUGGGAGAGGAGGUGGGAGUAGCUGAAGUGCUGUCAGACUCUGACAUCUGGCUGCUGAGAAGUGACUUCACACUUGACUUCCCACGACCGCUCAUGCCCAAUGUGGUGAUGGUUGGUGGCAUCAACUGUGAAGUGAGAAAUCCUUUACCAGAGGAUCUGGAGUCCUGGGUGUCAGGGAAGCACGGGUUCAUAGUGUUCACACUGGGCUCUAUGGUGUCAGAUCUGCCAGAAGAAACAACCAAAGUGUUUUUAGAAGCCUUCAGACAGAUUCCCCAGAAGGUAAUAUGGAGGUUCACUGGUCCACUUCCUGACAACGUCCCAGAAAAUGUUAAGAUAAUGAAAUGGGUGCCCCAAAAUGACCUGCUGGCACACCGUGGAGUUCGUGCUUUCAUCACUCACGCUGGCUCACACGGCCUCUUUGAGGGUCUGUGCCAUGCAGUUCCCAUGCUCAUGAUGCCGAUUGUUGGGGACCAGCCUGAUAAUGCAAGACGAAUGGCAAGCAGGGGAGUGGGCGUGGUGUUGGACAUUCGUUCCAUCACUACUGAAAGCCUCCUUCAAGGACUGAAUGAUGUCAUCAAUAACACCAAGUAUAAAGAAAAUGUGGAGAAACUUUCAGCACUCCAUAACGACCAACCGCUUGACCCUCUGGAACUUUCUGUUUACUGGACAGAGUUUGUAAUGCGGCACAAAGGAGCGAAACACCUCAAAGCUGCUGUCCACAGCCUCAACUGGUUCCAGUACUUCACCCUGGAUGUAAUGGCCUUUCUGGCUACUGUUGUGCUUGUUGUUGCUAUUGUGACUGUAAAAUGCAUGAAACUGUGCCUGAGGAAACUGAGCAGGAAGAGGAAGCAGGACUGAGGCUUUUUUUAAAAAAAAGAAAAACAAACAAAAAC